UCCGGAGAAAGCCGAGGGGCUCCCAUCGGCGUCGAGGCGCGAUCAUGGCGGCGCCCAGUGCUACUUCGUUGGAGAAUAGCGAGGACCCGGCGCCCGAGGCUGAGGCGCUGGUUGCUGCCCGGGAGCGAAGCAACCGCUUCCUGAGCGGCCUAGAGCUGCUGAAGCAGGGCGCCGAGGCACGUGUGUUCCGAGGCCGCUUUCAGGGCCGCGCGGCCGUAGUGAAGCAUCGCUUCCUGAAGCGUUACCGGCACCCGUUGCUGGAGGCGCGGCUCAGCCGCCGGCGGACGGUGCAGGAGGCCCGGGCGCUGUUUCGCUGUCGCCGCGCAGGGAUCUCUGCCCCAGUUGUGUUUUUUGUGGACUAUGCUUCCAACUGCUUAUACAUGGAAGACAUUGAAGAUUCGGUGACUGUUCGAGAUUAUAUUCAGUCCACCCUGGAGUCUGAAAAAGCUCCCGAAAGUCUCUUCUGCUUAGCCAAGACAGUUGGGCAGGUUUUAGCUCGAAUGCACGAUGAAGACCUGAUUCACGGAGAUCUCACCACCUCAAACAUGCUCCUGAAACCCCCCCUGGAACAGCUGAACAUCGUGCUCAUAGACUUUGGGCUGAGUUUCGUUUCAGCACUUCCGGAAGAUAAGGGAGUAGACCUCUAUGUCCUCGAGAAAGCGUUCCUCAGUACUCAUCCCAACACCGAGACUGUGUUUCAGGCUUUUCUGAAGAGCUACUCUUCCUCCUCCAGAAAGGCCAAGCCAGUGCUAAAAAAGUUAGAUGAAGUCCGCUUGAGAGGGAGAAAGAGGACCAUGGUUGGAUGAAAGAAUACGUGUGACAGCCACACACAGGUAUUUAUUUCAAAGUAAACUUGAAAGAAUGCUAUGAAUCUGAGUGAAGAUCUAAAUAAAGAUGUUGAGAUAUU